CUCUCAGUCCUGAUGCAGGGUUUUACCUGCAGGGUAAUUUUUUUGCAUCCGCAGAUGCAGACUUGUAUGCUAGGAUUCUCCAGCAGCUUGUUCUUUUGGGGGAGUGAUCGAGGUUGGCCUUGUUUGACUAAUUUAUUAUUUUGUGGAGUUAUCCAUUGUAUGGAAGAGGGAAUUGUGAUUGAUGCUGUUUACAUAGACCUUAGUUGAGGCCCGCCGAUGGUCGGUGUCGACCACGGAUGUUGCGUACCAGCUGUCGUACCCAAGUCUGGGCAGUACAAUAUGGAGAGCCAUCUGCUGGCCAUGCAGCAGGUUCCCCCUUUCCACACAGCUGAUUAAUCCAAAGGAACGGCAGAGGACUAAUGCAGUUUGGCACCAGUGGCGUCACAGGAAUGCUCGGUUGGCAGUCAGCAUUGAACUUACCUGCUGCAAGGCCGUCAUCUCUGGAUUUUUCCUCGGGGUUCACUCCCGAAGCCUUCCCCGUGAAUGAGUAUAGCCACAAAGCAAGCGGAAGUUUGAGAUCAGAACUUUGCUUCUAGAUGAGCUACCAGCCACAACCCAGCGAACCCCAAUUGCCCGAAGCGACUGGUUUUAAGAUGGGACGGAAGAAACCGAAAAGAGAGAAUGCUCCUCUGAAAUGGAAAGAUGUUCGCCAUAGGGAGAAGGGCCGAUCUUUAGAGUCAUUUGAAGACGAUCUUAAAAAUGCACUAGAAGCUGCUGCUAAUGGGGUAUCCGAGGAUGGAAUGUGCCCGAAAUUCCGCUUCCCAUGCCCACUGGCUAUGUGGGAAUUGGGACACUGUGAUCCAAAAAGAUGUACAGGCAGGAAACUUAUUCGCAAAGGGUUUGUCCGCAACCUGUACAUCAACGAGAGAUUCAGCGGACUAGUUCUGUCUCCUGUAGGAACCACAUACGUCUCCCCUUCUGACAGAGAGAUUGUGGAGCAGCGGGGUGUGGCCGUCAUCGAUUGUUCCUGGGCUAAACUAACGGAGACUCCGUUCUCAAGGAUGAAGGGCAGACACCUCCGGCUGUUGCCACACCUCGUUGCUGCUAAUCCAGUGAACUACGGGCGACCCUGCAAGCUUUCCUGUGUGGAGGCUUUUGCCGCCACCUUCUUCAUUGUGGGGUUUCCAGAACUGGCUGAUAUUCUACUGAAGAAGUUCAAAUGGGGCAAAACUUUCUUGGAACUGAAUCAAAUAGUCUUGACAAAGUAUAGUAUGUGCCAGAAUGAGGUGGAGGUCCAACAGGCUGAGCAGGAAUGGCUUGCUGCGAAACAAGAGCCAGAAGAAGUGGAAGAUCCAUUUGAUGUUGAUUCAGGAAAAGAGUUCUGCAAUCCUAAUAGGCCCAUGCUUGGAAGUUUAAGAACUGUGGAGCUUGAAGACAAAAGUGAUGAAGACCCUGAGGAAGAAGAUGAAGAUAGUAUCCCAGAGGAAAGAAAUGAAGCAGAGGUUUGCAGGGAAUGUGAAGAGCAAGCAUCAAACAGUGAGGAAGAACAACUUCCUGGAAAGACCACUGGGAUUGCAGAGGAUUGUGGGUGACAAUGAUGAAGAACUUUGCAGGAAUUGAUGCUGCCUGGCCUGCCGAGUGCCUCCAACAUUUUGUGUGUGUUGCUACAUAGUUGUUGAAGUGAAAGAUGGAGAUUGUCAAAUACCAACUAGUAGUCCAGCUGCAUGGAUACUAAAAUGGACCUGGACUGGCAAAUUGAUGUGCAACAAUCUAAUUGGAAAACAGAAGGAACUGGAGCAAGAUGGGUAUUGGAAACAGGAUUUAACUCUGCGGAAAUGGGAAUAAUACAAGAAUUUGGGACUAACACUCAAAAGUGGAACCUUGGGUGUGGGAUUUGUAGAACAAAGGGAAGUCACAAAGCUGACAAUCUGAUGAUCUCAUGCUUGUACUUUACUUUUCCUAUUAAGAGUUUGAAUAAUAUAUUUUUAAUAUUAAUAUGAAAUUGGCACAGCAGUGGUGCAACAGACCGUGUCUAUCAAGCACACCUUCAAUUAUAUUUAAUGUAAUUAGAGUUUAUUCUCGUCUUUACUGCCCUUUGAGAAGUGGGGGUGGGGCAUUUUCUUCCAGUACUAGGAAACAAGUCCUUCCUGUUAAGGCCUCUAAAUAAUUUUAUCAACUUUAAUUCCUUCCUUCCUUUUUCCGAAGGAGGAUAAAUAUCAGCCUGUCUUCUGUUCUUAGCUAAAAUUCAAAAAGUUGUUAACUGAUUUAGAGAAGGGACUCUGCGGAGUUUCCAGUCAUACUCGGGCCAUUUUAUUAAAUUCACUUUACAUUAAUGCAAUUAUCUAACCAGCUAAUCAUGUGCCAGCAGCUCAAUGCAUAAAAGCAUGCCAACAUGGUCAAGAGGUUCAGUCGUCGUUCAGACCAAACAUCAGAAUGGGGAAGAAAUGUGAUCUAAGUGACUUUGACUGGGAAAUGAUUAUUGGUGCCAGACAGGGUGGCUUGAGUAUCUCAGAAACUGCCGAUCUUUUGGGAUUUUCACACAGAACAGUCUCUAAAGUUUACAAAGAAUGGUGUUCCUUGUUAAUGAGAGAGAUUAGAGGAGAAUGGCCAGACUGGUUCAAGCUCAGAGAAAUGCAAAAGUAACUCAAAUAAUUACACUUUACAACAGUGGUGUGCAGAAGAGCAUCUCUGAAUGGACAAAACAUAAAACCUUGAAGUGGAUGAGUUACAGCAGCAACAGAAGAUCACACAGGCUUCCAUUCCUGUACCAAAUAAAGUGGC